AUGGAAGACAGCCUCUCUGCUGUUCAAGAAGGAUUACCUGUGAUCAAUAUCGAAACAGAGACAUAUCCUACUUGCGGGAUUCUAAAUGGAGAUGAUGGCAGGAAGCUGGACAAGCUGCAGGCAUAUCCUUCGUAUGGAUGGUUGCAAAGGUCAUUUACGCGAAUAUUUGGUUUGAAUUUCGACCGCGCGGGGCCAGGUCGGUUGGCUUUACAAACUGAAAAGCAUCGUCCUCGAUUCGGUUCCAGAUCUUCGGCCAAGGAUUCGACAGGCCGUACUUACUCCGUAUUCCUUGGCCAUCAUCUGACCAUCACUUUGGUCGUCACCCCAGUGGUACUCGAUGUUUUAACUCCACUGCAUCGUCUGUCCAACCGCUGGGCACUGGCGCCAUCUUUGAUACUGAUCAGUACGAGAGUGAGAACGUUAGAAGAGUUAAAUAAAACUAAUCAAUGUCGGGCAGAGAGUUCUCGUGUUGGGUUCGGACUUAAACUGGCUGUAGCCAGGAAAUGGGUGAUAUAA